CGGGUCCCUCUGAGGUUUAGUCCGUCAUGCCUCUGCCUCGACGCCGCUCCUCGUUUUUGGGCCAGUCUGCGUCCUCGUCGUCCUCGUCCGAGCGCCCGAGCGCCGCAUGUGUCCGGGUGGCCCCGGGUGGGGCCACCUCCCGGGGUGUCUUCGUAGGCACGGCGCCCCUGAUGGGCGUCGCAUCCAACCUGGGGACGCGCGUUUCUCGCAGAGCUUUGGGCAUCAGCAGCAUCUUCCUGCAGGGCACCAGGAGUAGUGCAACACCCCUGUUGCCCCGGGCGAGCGAGCGGGCGGGUCAGGGCGUGGCGGGGGCCGGGGCGGGCAGUGGGAGUGGCCUCAAUAGCUGCUUGAUGGAGUACCGAGACAAAGUCCAAGCGCUGGAACAACUGAACCAGCAGCUGGAGGAGCAAAUCCGUUUGAGUCUGGACCGCAAGGCAUCUUGUGCCGGAGCCUGGGGGCCGCUCAGGGGCCAGUGGGAGGAUGUCUACAGGCAGGUCAGCGAGGCCAUUUUGGACAACGCUCGACUGACGCUGCAGACAGAAAAUGUGCAGGCCAACGCCGAGGACUUUAAAGAAAGGUUUGAGAGCGAGCGACCGUUCCGGAAGGCGGCGGAGGAUGAGAUGGCGUCGCUCUAUAAAGUCUUGGAGGACGCUGGCCUGACUCGGGCGGAGCUGGAGGAGCAGAUGGACGCCAUGAGGGCCGAACUCCAACAAUUGGAGCGACAGCACGAGCAGGACGUGCGCCUUCUCUACAGUCAAAUGUCCGGACGGGAAUUGGAUCAACCGGACGCUCCCAUUGAAACUAGCCUGGACCAGAUCCUGGCCUACAUCCGGAACCACUGGGAGAAAGUGACGGAGAAGAACCGAGCUGAGACGGACAGCUACCAGGAAUGCAAGGAUGCCAAGUGCAAAAGUCAGCUGAGUCCAGAAGAAGAACAGUUGGAGGCCCUGAAAGUCCAGUGCUUCGACGCGGGCUGCAAGAUCCAAAGCCUCCAGGCUGAGACCGAAUCCAUCCGAGCUCUGAAACGCGGUCUGGAGAACUCGCUGGGCGAUGCACGGCACUGGCACGACAUGGAGCUCCAGAAUCUUGGUUCGGUGGUGUCCAAGCUGGAGGCAGAACUGGCGGACGUGCGUGGCGAGAUGGAGCAACAGCGCAGAGAUUACGACAGUCUCCUCAGUAACAAGCAGCGCCUGGAGCAGGAGAUCCGUCUGUACCAUGGGAUUUUGGACGGAGAGGAGCGACGUUUCCAGCCUGCAGAGUGUCCCAGUCCACAAAGGGAUCACGACGGACUUUCCGGGACUCCGGCAGAUCAAAGACCCCCAACGCAGUGUACACCCAAGGAGUCUGCGGAUCCCAGUAAGCCUACCGGGCAUUAAAGAUGAAGCUGAGAUAUUCAGAAUUCUACUUCCUGCUGGUCAAUGAGGCAAUAAAAGUCUUUUGGUUUUCA